UUUGAUAAAAUUAUACAAAACUUGACUGUAGCAUUUCGAAUUCAAUGAAUUUUCAGUUACACUCUUAUUCUUUGCAUUUCUUGAAUAUUUCAACAAAUCCUCUGAGUUUCACCGCCAGCCGUUAAAUGAAGAAUGGGGCAGAGAGAGACUCAGCAUCUACGGCGCCCUCUUUCAAAUCCGGUGUCAAAGAGUGGGACGGCUAUUUAUUCUAGAGUGGGAGGAAAGUUCUAAGAGAGAGGGUGCUUAGUUCGAUACUGCCUAAUGCAUCAACAACGUGGCUAAAUCAAUGCGAAUAUCCCUAACUGUCACGUGCAUUCAUGCAAAUAUCUUAAGUUAGAAAUAUAACAGAAUAAAAAUUGGGAUAAACGUUUGUUUUUUGUAUGUGCCAUUGCUUUAAGAAAUGGGGGCUUUAGCCUGAAUUUACGAUUGCCUAUUUCGAUAACUUUGGAAAAAGUGUCCAGUUGUGAAAAAUCAACAAGUUAUGCGCUGCAUUAAACUUUUAAAACAAUUUGUUGUUGUGAUACGCCUAUGAGAUUUGGAUUUUAGUAGAUAUUUAUUGUGUUUUAAUUUUAUUAGAAAAAGUUUAAAUUCUGUUAUGGAUGAUAUGGUGAAAUUUAAUGGAAGCAUGUUUAUCCUACUGGGACUUUUUUACAUUCUGGCCAGUCCAGGUGAUUGUGAUCCAAAUAGAAAAGAUGCAAGAGGGCCAAUAUUCCGUAUGGAACCACCAUCACGUGUCGAAUUUUCCAACAACAGUGGCACGGAAUUGAGAUGUAGUGCAGAUGGAUAUCCGACACCCCGCCUGAAUUGGUUGACUCGAGAAGGUGGCUCAGCUCGAGAUAUUCCGGGAUUGCGCCACACGAGAUCCGAUGGAACACUUGUGUUUCCUCCUUUCCCCAGAUCGGAAUACAGGCAAGAUGUCCAUGAUGCAGUCUACCAAUGCCUUGCUUCGAAUCCUGCUGGAACAAUACUGAGUCGUGAAGUGCAUGUUAGAGGAGUUAUCAAGCAAAGGUUUGAUCCUCAAGUAUAUGAUGAUUUUGUUGUAAGAGGUAAUACAGCUGUGCUCCGUUGCCAUCUCCCAACAUUUGUUCGAGAAUAUGUGUCUGUUGAUUCAUGGAUAAGGGAUGACAAGCAAGUUCUGAAAAGAAACGAUAUGAGAGGCAGUUCUUACACUGUGCUCAAUUCCGGAGAACUUCUUAUUCAUGGUGUGUUGGAAAAAGACACUUACAGGACAUUUCACUGUCAGACUCGUCACCGCUUGACUGGAGAGAUGGUUAUGAGUGUUAGCGCUGGAAAAAUUGUUGUUACAGAACCACAUGCCUCAACCCUUCCGAGAGUAACAUUCAGCCAAUCACAGGUCAGGACAGAAGAGGGAUCAUUUGCUCAACUGCCUUGCGUUGCACAAGGAAACCCACCCCCAACAUAUAGAUGGAUGAAAGACACUUCUGGUGUUCUGAAACCCCUCGAGGAAGAUGUUCGAAUCUGGGUAAAUCAAGGAACACUUAACAUAAAGAAAGUUCAAGAUACCGAUGGUGGAAAAUAUCAGUGUAUAGUACGAAACAGUAUCGGUGAAAGACGAAUUGAAAGUGUUCUUGUCGUAACAGCUCCCCUCAUUGUCACCAUGAGACCUCCAAGACAGGUGCUAAAUAUUGGACAGGAGGCCACCUUUAAUUGCAAUACGACAGGGUAUCCUGUGCAUACGAUCACUUGGAAGAAGGACCAAAGGCAACUCGUUUCCUCAAACAGAGUCAGACUUCUCUCCAGAGAUGUACUUCUCAUAACGUCAGUAAGAAGAGAUGACAGAGGGAUGUAUCAGUGUUUUGUUUACAAUGACCUAGAUGGCGCUCAAGGAACAUCAGAGCUUAAAAUUUCAGAUGUGCCUCCGACCUUGAUAUCAGCAUUUCCAGAACAUACAGCCCAUUCCGGUGACUCAAUUUCCCUCAAGUGUGUUACAACCGGUAAUCCUCUGCCCCGCAUCACAUGGCAUCUAGACGACAUUGCCAUAGAUCAAGGUCCCCGUGUGACAGCCGUGGAUCGAAUGGGUGACCUCGGUCACGUGACUGGUGUGCUGAACAUCACGGAAGCUCGAGUCGAAGACAGCGGUGAAUAUAGGUGUCAAGGCGAAAAUGAUGUCGGCAGCACCUUUCAUGCAGCCCGACUUAACAUUUACGGACCGCCUUUCGUCAGAACAAUGAGAAACGUAACUGCUGUUUCGGGAGAAGACCUGACGAUUCGUUGCCCUUACGGAGGAUAUCCCAUCAAGAGCAUCAAAUGGUUUAAGAAUGGAGUUCUUCUGCCUUUAAGCCAUAGGCAGAAAAUAAACCACGGUGGUACUUUGACAAUACAAAAUGUGCAACGUUCAGCUGAUAGAGGAGAGUACAGCUGUACUGUGAAAAAUACAGAAGGUCAAAUGGCGUCUGGUUCUACAUACGUUUCAGUUGUUGUUCCCCCUGUAAUAGAUCCUCACUAUUUUCGCGAAAGUAUCACCGCAGAUGAAGAAACGAGAAACAAAUUGAUGUGCGUUGUUAUCCAGGGUGACCCACCCAUGAGAUUUCAUUGGUUAAAAAAUGGUCAGACGUUUCUUGCGCAUGGUGACACCACGGUGCAAACUUUCGAGGAUACGUCGAUUGUGACUUUCAAAAAAGUUGUUUCAAGUGACAGAGGGCAGUAUACAUGCGUUGCCACAAAUGUCGCUUCCUCAACCAACAGAACAAUGCAACUUAUUGUGAAUGUUCCUCCACAAUGGACAGUUGAACCAAGAAAUGUAUCAGUCGUUCUCGGUCAACGAAUAUGGAUUGAUUGCGCAGCUGUUGGAUUCCCUACUCCCAGUAUUAUUUGGAAGAAAUUACUUCAAACAGAUAGCAGUACGGGAGAUUUUACCUAUGUCCAUUCUAACCCAAGAGCACAUCGAUUUAACAAUGGAACGCUUGUGCUAUCUGACGUGGAAGAAAAUGAUGGUGGAUCCUAUUUAUGCCAAGCAAGUAACGGCAUAGCAGCUGGAUUGAGUAAAAUCAUCACACUUACUGUCCUAGUUCCUCCUACCUUUAAAGAACCAUUCCAGACAAAAACUGUUACCGAAGAAUCUAACACCACACUUCGAUGCAUAGCAUCAGGCCAUGCUCCGAUAGUGAUCACUUGGCAAAAAGAUAAAUCUCUCAUAGAUAUCAGUAAACGUGGAAGGUGUCGGCCUGAUUCUCCUAACAAUAUCACAAUACUAAACAUCACCAGCAGAUCUGUAACCCUUCAGUGGGAGGUAACUCAUAACGGUAACAGUCAUAUUACCGGAAGUAUUGUUCAGUAUCAGCAAAUUUCUGACAGCAGUUGGAAUGGACAAACAUCACAACUUAUAGUAUCUGGUUCAGAUACAAGUGCCACCUUAAGGGCCCUUUCCCCAGUCACGCUGUAUUUCAUAAGAAUAGUGGCUCAGAAUGCGUUGGGACAAAGUGACCCUAGUGACACCAUUAAUGUUACUACUGCUGAAGAAGCACCGUCUGGAACACCAAGAGAAGUGCAAGUUCAUUCUACGGGAGCUCAAUCAAUGAAAGUCUCAUGGAAGCCACCCCCUGAAGAGUCGUCACAUGGAUACAUACGAGGUUAUUACAUCGGCUAUAGAAUUUCAGGGUCACCUGAAUCCUACACAUUUAAGCAGGUAGAGAGAACAACUGACGAUGAUCAGACUCAAUCAACCUACAUCACUGGACUGCAACCAUUUACCAAGUAUGAUAUCGUGAUGAAAGCCUUUAAUUCUGCAGGUACAGGACCAAAAUCAGCUAAAAUCGUUGGCAAGACCCUGGAAACAGCUCCACCAACUUCCCCUGCAGUUACAGUUAUUGGAUCAACAAAGACAUCUAUUGAAAUUAAAUGGGAAAAAGAUAUCAAAGACAAGUCAGCCAUAACAGAAUAUACCUUACACUUCAGAACUGAUGAUAGCAAUAGGAAACAAGAAAAGUUAAGCAGGGAUGAUGAUCAAUUCGUCCUAAGUAACUUGAAGUGUGGAACGAAAUACCAUUUAUACAUGACAGCCUCUAAUAGUUUAGGUACGGGAGAACCCAGCAAAGAAGUUACAGCCCGAACUAAAGGUGCAGCGCCAGUCUCACCCCAAGCGUCUUCCUUUCUGAGCGUGAACGCCACUUCUGCGUCCUUGAAUCUAAGUGCCUGGCAGAGCAAUGGCUGUCCCAUCAAACAUUUCGUCGUCCAGUACAAACCCAAGUAUCAGAAUCAGUGGACGACGGUGAGCGAAAAAUUAGAAAUGUCAAGAGAUAAUUACGCACUACGACAUCUGGCACCGGAGAGAGAUUACGUCAUUAUGGUCAUUGCCCACAGCGACGCUGGCCUCACGCAAGCAGAGUACAGUUUUCGAACACUCCAUGCAUCUCAAGCAGAUUCAAACUCUAUACCAGUAUUUGGCAAACGUGAAACUGAUAUUCCUUUUUACAAAAACGUAGCACUGGUCAUUCCUGUUGUUGUGUCGUCUCUUGUGCUCAUCAUGGUGGUUUUCAUUGUUGCUGUCUGCAUUCGAAAGCACUCUCAAGAUAGAAGAGAUUACGAAAUGAGAAAACCCUGCAGUGAUUCGCUAAUGAUGACUGAUCUUGGGAAAGAGGCACCCACCAAAUCGUCAAAACCAUCGCAUUAUUCUUGCCCCGCAGUCAAUAAAGGGGAUUAUGCAGAACCUUACUGCAAUGAUUUGCUACCACCCAAGCAAGGAACUGGGGAUGGACUUUUCGCUACGAUAAAGAGGUGUCCAACACGUCCAAUAUAUACAUCUAAUGCAUAUAAAUCAGGUUCAGAGAACAAUCAGCAGAUAGCUGACACUCAAGAAAACUGUGGAAACGUAGACUCAAACAGUUCUGACAGAUGGCGCUAUAAAGCAGGUAGUGGUCACAAGCCAAUUCGAUGACAAAGCCUGUCACCUCUUAAUGAAGAAGAUAUAUCAUUGACAUCACUUUGUACAUUACCAUUGCGAGAAACAGUUAUAUGAAUGUUUAUAAAAAUUUGCUCACAUUAUCCCCUGCCAAAGUUUAUCUUUAAGUUAGGAUGUGAUAUAUAUAUAUAAACAUAUAAUAAUAUGUUCUUUUCUUUUUUAUGUGUAUCAAAUAAAUAUAUUUGG